AUGAUAAUGCACGGCCCCACGUCGCAAGGAUUUCUGAUCCACACCCGAAUUGCUGGCACUCCAGUGAUCUUCAAUGUGAAUGGAGAUGCCCCUGGUCGCUAUGAGAUUUACCAGUACCAGAUGAAACACAACACCACAGAGUAUAAGAUCAUCGGCCACUGGGCAGACCAGCUUCAUUUAGAUACUAAGGAGAUGCAGUGGCCUGGUGGGACACUCCAGGUGCCCCAGUCUAUCUGCAGCCAGCCCUGUUGUCCUGGGGAGAGGAAGAAAACAGUGAAGGGUGUCCCCUGCUGUUGGCACUGUGAGCGCUGUGAUGGCUACCAGUACCAGGCCGACACCUACAGCUGUAAGAUGUGCCGCUUUGACCUGCGGCCCAACAAGAACCACACGGCCUGUGAGGCCAUCCCCAUCGUCAAGCUGGAGUGGAGUUCCCCCUGGGCCGUCAUCCCCGUCCUCAUCGCUGUGCUGGGAAUCAUGGCCACCAUGUUUGUGGUGGGCACCUUCAUCCGCUACAACGACACGCCCAUCGUGAAGGCAUCAGGGCGCGAACUCAGCUAUGUGCUGCUGACAGGCAUCUUCCUGUGCUACGCCACCACCUUCCUCAUGAUCGCUGCCCCUGACGUUGGCAUCUGCUCCCUGCGACGGAUCUUCCUGGGUCUGGGGAUGAGUAUUAGCUAUGCAGCGCUGCUCACUAAGACCAACCGUAUCUAUCGCAUCUUUGAGCAGGGGAAGAUGUCAGUGAGCGCCCCCAGGUUAAUCUCUCCGGCCUCCCAGCUGGUCAUCACCUUCAGCCUGAUCUCAGUUCAGCUCCUGGGGGUGUGCAUCUGGUUUGGUGUGGACCCGUCUCAGGCUAUCAUCGACUAUGAGGACCAGCGCACGUCCAACCCGGACAUGGCCCGUGGCGUGCUCAAAUGUGACAUCUCAGACCUUUCUCUGAUCUGCCUGCUUGGUUUCAGCAUGCUGCUCAUGGUCACCUGUACGGUGUAUGCCAUCAAGACCCGGGGCGUGCCAGAGACCUUCAACGAGGCCAAGCCCAUCGGCUUCACCAUGUACACCACCUGUAUCGUGUGGCUAGCCUUCAUACCCAUCUUCUUUGGGACCUCGCAGUCAACAGAAAAGAUGUACAUCCAGACCACGACUUUGACCAUCUCUGUGAGCCUGAGUGCCUCUGUGUCUCUGGGGAUGCUCUACAUGCCAAAGGUCUACGUGGUCCUCUUCCACCCGGAGCAGAACGUGCCCAAGCGCAAGCGCAGUCUCAAGGCUGUAGUCACUGCAGCCACCAUGUCCAACAAGUUCCCCACCAAGGGCGGCCUCCGGCCCAACGGAGAGGCCAAGUCUGAGCUGUGUGAAAGCCUGGAGACGCAAGUACCGUUGCCCCCCACACCCUCCCUUUCCCCCCACUACACAUCCCACCCUCCAGUACCAUUGCCCCCCACACCCUCCCUCUCCCCCCACUACACAUCCCUUCCCUCCAGUAAUGUUGCCCCCCACACCCUCCCUCUCCCCCACUACACAUCCCUUCCCUCCAGUACCGUUGCCCCCCACACCCCCCACACCCCCUCUCCCCCAAUACACAUCCCUUCCCUCCAGUACCGUUGCCCCCCCACACCCUCCUUCUUCCCCACUAUACAUCCCUUCCCUCCAGUACCAUUGCCCCCCACACCCCCCUCUCCCCCCACAACACAUCCCUCCCUCCAGUACUGUUGCCCACACACCCUCCCUCUCCCCCCACUACACAUCCCUUCCCUCCAGUACUGUUGCCCCCCCACACCCCCUCUCCCCCACUACACAUCCCUUCCCUCCAGUACCGUUGCCCCCCACACCCCCCACACCCCCUCUCCCCCACUACACAUCCCUUCCUUCCAGUACCGUUGCCCCCCACACCCUCCUUCUUCCCCACUACACAUCCCUUCCCUCCAGUACCAUUGCCUCCCACACCCUCCCUCUCCCCCCACUACACAUCCCUUCCCUCCAGUACCGUUGCCCCCCACACCCUCCCUCUCCCCCCACUACAUAUUCCUUCCCUCCAGUACCGUUGCCCCCACACCCUCCCUCUCCCCCUACUACACAUCCCUUCCCUCCAGUACCGUUGCCCCCCCACACCCUCCCUCUCCCCCCCACUACACAUCCCUUCCCUCCAGUAACGUUGCCCCCACACCUUCCCUCUCCCCCACUACACAUCCCUUCCCUCCAGUACCGUUGCCCCCCACACCCUCCUUUUUCCCCACUACACAUCCCCCCCUCCAGUACCGUUUCCCCCCACACCCUCCUUCUUCCCCACUAUACAUCCCUUCCCUCCAGUACCAUUGCCCCCCACACCCUCCCUCUCCCCCACUAUAA